ACAAGCAAGCGCAUAGUAUAACCAUUGAAAGGUCGUAAUGAAAUCGCUUUUGAAGUCACGAUUGUCUGUCCUAUCUCCUUAAAAAAAUCUUUUCUGUUCUUCCACCAAAUUCAAAACCUUGACUUGAUUCCUCCGUGAUUUUAGAUACAUAAAGCACAACUACAUAUAGAAAAGGAAUUGAUUCGUAUACAGAUUACAGUGUUAUAAUGGAAAUGGAGACUAGUACAGUAACUGUCAGAGAAGAGGACGAGAAAAAACCAGAAACUGAUUUGAAUGAAAACGAGCUAGGAAAUGAUAAUGUGAAGAAUUUGAAGAAGAAGAAGAAGAAGAGCAAGUUUAAUUUUAUUCCCAAGUUGGGUUGUAUGAAGCUGAAUGACGAGUUCCCGGCGGUGGAGGAGAAACCCGACGUUGACGGAAGUUUUGACGUGGAAGCUGGUAGCAGUCAGAAGACUUGCGAGCCGAAUCACCUUAUUGUUAUGGUUAACGGAAUUAUUGGAAGUGCUCAAAAUUGGAGAUACGCCGCCAAACAAUUUGUCAGAGCCUAUCCCAGUGAUGUCGUUGUACACUUGCUUCUUCUGGUUGCACAAAUGAGGCAGUUACAAGUUCACUGCGGCUGCAGGGAUGGACAAAAUCACGUGGCUUGGUAAGCUACUUUUGGUGAAUGACAAAAGAAAGUGGCAUAGACACAUUUAAAGUACUCACUAGCAAGUACUUAUUGUAUUAACAGAAGCAUUGAACUAAAGCAAUUCUU